AAUUAGAACUUUCUUUUUUUUCCUUAAUGUAGUGUAACAGUGUAAUGUCAGUGUGUGUUUUAUAUAUAGAGAGAGAGACAGAGAGAGAGACCCUGUCUGUCUCUCAGGUGUCUGUGUGUGUAUAUAUAUAUAUAUAUAUGCAGCAAAAACGUCACACGUGCAAAAAAGAACACAAAAAACCCGAGGGUAACCCCGGAGAGCCCGCAUCUAAAUGCCUGUGGGGACCUGGAGAAGUCACGUGCCCGCGUCUGCAUACCAAAUAUGGAGCGCCGGUUGAAGGCGAGCGCCCAUAUAUGGAGUUUCCGACCGUGACGUCGCUUCCUUAAACGGAAAAACGGGGUGGUGCCGGGGGCUCGAGGCACAAAUAACAGCUUGACACUUCCGCCUCUGCUGUUAGAAAAACACAGCUGCUGAAGUAAUAAGAGGAGUAGAAACCAAAAAAACAACAACAACAAUUAAAUAAAUAAAGCGCGGCGCGACAUGAUGGACUGAGCGGAGCGGCUCAUUUCACUCAGUCAGGGCAAACGCAACAUGAGAGUUUUGUGACUUUUUGGUGCUGAUUGGUAUUUUUAAAAAAUUUCUCAAGAAGAAGAAGAAGGUGUAUAUUUUUAAAGGUCGCUAUUAGAUUAUUUAUUUAUUCUACAAAUUAAAUAUUUAGACUUAUUUAUUUAUUUAUUUGCUUACAACACAUUUUUGAAUUUUUAACAGCCUUUUUUUAUUUGUGAAUAGAAUUAAAUUACAGGAAUUUUUUAUUAAUAAUAAUAAUAAUAAUAAUAAUGGGAGUGAUCGGAGAGCCGGUAGAGAUCUCGAGCGAAGAGCUCGUGCAGAUGCUCGUGACCCCGGAGAGCGGCGGCGGCGGCGCGCUCCUGCUGCUGGACUGCCGUCCGUUCCUCGCCUUCUCGCGCGCGCACAUCUGCCGCGCGCACAACGCCGCGUGGAACUCGCUGCUGCGGCGCAGGUGCAGCCGGGGCACCGCGGAAUCGUCCGGCGCGCGCCUCGACUGCCUGCUGGCCGACCGGUCCUUACUGGCGCGCGUGCGGAACGGGGACUUCCGCCACAUCGUGGUGCUGGACGAGAAGAGCUGCGCCGUCGCCGAGCUGGAGCGCGAGAGCCUGGCGGGACUGCUCCUGCGCGCGCUCCAGAGAGAGGUGCACGCGGCAACCGCCAGGAUCUGCUUCCUGCGAGGUGGAUUUGAUGGCUUUGUCGCGCUCUAUCCCGAGCUGUGUCUCAGUGCACCGGGUGUUUGUGGGACUCAGACGACGCUGACUGACUCCGAGCCGCGAGUCUCUGGCAGAACGACGCCACUUUAUGACCAGGGUGGUCCUGUCGAGAUCUUGCCCUUUCUGUUCCUGGGCAGCGCACAUCACUCGUCUCAGAGGGAGCUGCUGCAGCGCUGCGGCAUCACAGCCGUCCUCAACGUCUCGUCGUCCUGCCCGAACCUAUUCGAGCACGAACUGAACUACAUGACCCUGAGGGUGGAGGACAGCAUGGCAGCGGAUAUCCGCGUUCUCUUCCCGCAGGCCAUCCACUUCAUCGAUUCAGUGAAGGAGAGCGGUGGUCGAGUUCUGGUCCACUGUCAGGCCGGUAUCUCUCGUUCUGCCACCAUCUGCUUGGCGUAUCUGAUCCACGCCCACCGCGUGCGCCUGAACGAGGCCUUUGAGUUUGUGAAGCGUCGACGACACGUGAUUUCGCCAAACCUGGGGUUCAUGGGCCAGCUGCUGCAGUUCGAGACGGACGUUCUGUGUCCUUACACGGUUCUGGAUUCGGAGAACGGCGCCACGGCGUUUCAGUACCUCUGCUCAGACAACACCAACCUUUCGUGAACUUUAUUGUGCUCCAAAGAGACUGUACAAGGGCUUUUCAUACUGUGACAUGGGGCUUUGAUGAUGGUUGGUCUUCAAUCCGUCAUACACAUUCGUUUAUAUGUGAGAUUCUCUCUGAACCAAAACAAUGCGUGUUUGUUUAGUCUACAUGCUAAAGUGCACUAAGCGACUACCUGCACUCGACUCUGCACUAUUUUAUAAGGUGUAUUUAUUAUAUAAGCAGGAAAACCCAUCUGAGAAUAUUGGGUCAUUUUCGUGUUCACUGGGACCCAAUGAUUUACCAAAUGAAACAGCAUAUAAUACUAAUGCAUACGAGGAUGAUUAAAACUAAGAUAUUUUGGUGAAAUUUUAGUUUUGUUCAAACCUAAGUGAGAACUAACAAUGAGCAAAAUCUGCACAUCCAGCGAGGGUUGAGCAAUACAGCAAAAGAAACCUAUACUAUCACUACAAUAUGCAGUUAUAUAUCGUAAAUUACGAUAUUUAGUUUGGCAAACAAAUCAGGAUCGACGUAUGAUGAAACUUACUAGAUAUAACUAGACAUUAUCCAUAAAAAUGUACCCAAAUAUAUAGAUAAUAUUUAGAAAUGGAAAUAUUUUGUACAUCAAUAUUUGUAUUCGGGUCAAAAUACAGUAAUGCCUGACCCAAAUUCCAGCACAAAAUGUGUAUCUCGUAAUUUCCCCGUGUUAAUUUUGCCGCCCUCUAGAUCUCUCAACUCAGCGUCAUGCGUCGAACAUAACAAUCAGAGAACCAUUUCACACACCACCUUGUGACACAAUGAGAAAUUCCAUUCAUCCUCUUACAGUUUUGCGCCAAAACAUUUUCCUGUGUAGCUACACAAACCAGUCAGUGCAAGUGAUGGGGAUGUAACGGAGCACCAACAAACGAUGUCUUUAUAUGGAUAUGGUUCUUGUUCUCAGAGAAUUUUAAUCCUUUGGAUUAGAAAAUAGAAAUAAUUCACUAGCUCGCUGAUAUUAGCUGUUCACUGCGCCGCCAUUUUCCCUUCUCACAGUGGCCUGAUGAUGUGCAUAGUGACUACAGAUGAAGCACAAACUCAAUCAUAAUUGUUGUUGGUGCAGGACGAUGAGCUGCACAAGUGGACAAAGCAAUGAAGAAAAGAUCAGCUGCCAACUUUUUGCAAUAUGCUCCUAUAGAUCAUCCAACAUUGACUUGAAAAUCUCUCAGACACUGAGAUUGGACCGUGCUGAGAGAUUUUCGUUGCGGAUAAAGCCAACUCAGGGAGAGACCUAAAAUUCUGUGAUCCCAGAUUUCAAACUAGAGUGUAGAGCAACAUUAUUAAUGUGUAUCAAGCAAUACGAAUACAGUACUGCCAAACAUAUUUUGAAAUGUUCCACGUUUUUCUGUUUAAUGUUACUGAUUCAUGAAGAAACUAAGACAUGUAUAUAUGUCUGUAUGUAUACAGUCCCAUACUGUAAAUACUGUCGAUCCCUUAAACACUGCACUUUAUUUGUAAAUAAUUUUUGUUCUUAUUUGUUAAUAUUGUUGACUACGUAGUGUAUAAGCUGCUGUA